AUGAUGAACAAACCGCCGCCUCCAGGCGCGCCUGCAGCCCCAGGUACCGCCCCAGCGUCAGGAGCUCCAGCUGGAGAGGCUCCUAAAGAAGAAAAGAAGGCAAGUCUAGAGGGCGAAGCAGCCAAACCUUCUGGAGAAGGUGAAAAGAAAGAGGAGAAGAAGGAAGGAGAAAAGAAGGAAGAGGAGAAGAAGGAGGGAGAAAAGAAGGAAGGGGAAGAGAAGAAAGAGGAGAAGAAAGAGGAAGAGAAGAAAGAGGAGAAGAAGGAUGAGAAGAAAGACGAAGAGAAGAAGGAAGAGAAGAAAGAAGAGGAGAAGAAAGAGGAAAAGAAGGUAAGUUGUAUAUCUCUACCAGCCGCAACUAUAGAAAUUGUUGCUUGAAA